CACCUUUUGCCUACACUACGCCUGACGAAAAGUAGAAGGGCCGCUUCUCAGCUUUACAUUCGCCUACUUAAAUUUGUUUUUUUUUUUACUUUUGCGUGUGUCCACUGUGCUAGGAAAAUUAAGCUCUCUUCCUUCCCCAUUAUUUUUACGUACAACACAAAUAUCCAUCCAUGGCGGCUUCGACGGACUCCAGUAACGUAAACGGAUCAUCUAACUCUGACAGCGCUUCAUCGCCUCCUCCUCCUCCUCCCAUACCACCAGAGAAGGUGAAGGAUGAGGUCGAAGAAGAAUUAGGAAAUGGUGUUAGCGAAGCACAUCCAAAGGCCAUCAAACGGGAGGCUGAAAAUGGGGUCAACACCGAAAAUGGAGAGCCUCCUGCCAAAAUUAAAAGAGAGAGUAUCUCCUCAAUAUCAUCUGAACCAAUUUAUGACCUUAAACAGGAUGGUCAACUUAUUGCUGGCGUUGGUGCAAGAUCUACCCUUCAAGGUAUACUUGGUGCUGGGUUACCAAAAUUGUACUCAGAGCAACAAGAAAAUGUGGCUAGGGCCAAGAAAUAUGCCAUGGAGCAGAGUAUUAAGAUGGUUUUGAUGAAGCAAACCUUAGCCCACCAACAACAGAAAGCCAAAUCAUUCCAUCGGCAGCAAGCCUUGGUGCUCAUGUGCAGAGUUUAUGUUGGAAGUAUUAGUUUUGAGCUGAAAGAAGACACUAUUCGACAAGCAUUCCUGCCUUUUGGGCCCAUUAAAUCAAUCAAUAUGUCAUGGGACCCUGUUACCCAGAAGCACAAAGGCUUUGCCUUUGUUGAGUAUGAGAUCCCAGAAGCAGCUCAACUUUCACUAGAGCAAAUGAAUGGUGUCAUGAUAGGUGGAAGAAAUAUUAAAGUAGUUGGUCGACCUAGUAACAUGCCACAAGCGCAAUCUGUCAUUGAUGAAAUUACAGAAGAAGCCAAACAGUAUAAUAGAAUAUACAUUGCUUCAAUUCACCCAGAUUUGACAGAGGAUGAUAUCAAAAGUGUCUUUGAAGCAUUUGGUCCAAUCAAGAGCUGCAAAUUAGCUGCAGGUCCAACACCAAACAGACACAAGGGGUUUGCUUUUAUUGAGUAUGAAACUCAACAAGCAUCGCAGGAAGCAAUAGCAUCUAUGAAUCUAUUUGAUCUGGGUGGACAGUACCUCCGUGUAGGACGUGCUAUCACUCCUCCCAAUGCUUUGCAGGCAAGACCACCAAAUCCUACCCAAGGUGCUAACCUCAUGCCCACGGCAGCUGCUGUUGCAGCUGCUGCCGCCACUGCUAAGAUUCAGGCCAUGGAUGCUGUUGCCACAAAUGCUGUUGCACUUGGAAUGGCAAAACUAAAUUCAUCAUUGGGAGCACAAUCUGUUCCUGGAAUUGGAGGAGCAAUGGCUGCAAUUCCUGGAGUGCUUGGAAACCCAGCACUGUUAGCAGCUGCUCAACAGCAGGCUGGGCUGCUAAAUAGUGGGUUAGCUGCUGCACCCCCUGCAAUCAUUCCACCCCCUGGAAUAGCAAUUCCUCAGCUUAGAGCCCCAGCUCAAAUCCAACCUGUCGCUCUUGGGCAAUCUAUAACACUCCCACCUCCUGCCGUCAUAACUCCUACUUCUGUUGGACAACCCAUUACACCUGCUCAAGAAGCUUUGAAAAGAGCUCAAGAGCAAGCUCAGAAACAGCAAGAAGAGUUACAGAAGAAACUUUUGGAAGAAGCAGAACCACAAACAUUAAGUGCCCAGGAAAAUAUUUCAAUCAAAGGACAAAGUGCCAGGCACUUAGUUAUGCAAAAGCUUAUGAGGAAGGUUGAGAGCCGAGUAGUUAUUUUAAGAAAUAUGGUAGAGCCGCAAGAUGUAGAUGAAACACUUCAAGAAGAAAUCCAAGAUGAAUGUAGCAAGUAUGGAGUUGUGGAAAGAGUAAUUAUAUACAAUGAAAGACAGUCAGAAGAUGAAGAUGAUGAUGCAGAAGUAAUUGUUAAAAUUUUUGUAGAGUUUUCUCAAAUGAGUGAAGCGGAGAGUGCGAGAGAUGGUCUCAAUGGAAGAUUUUUUGGAGGAAGAAAAGUUAUAGCUGCACUUUAUGAUCAAGAUCUUUUUGACCAUAAUGAUUAUUCAGGUUGAUGAAAAAUAGAUUAUUAAUUGUGAUAAGGUAAAUCUAGUGUUUCAUGAGCACCUUUUCAAAGUGAUUACUUUGUAUUGUACAUAUUUACAUGCUUUGAGGAUUGUUUGUUAUUGUAUGGUCAAGUGAACUAGCUGACUGCUUUGGUGACAAGUCCCCCCCCCUCCUUUUUUUUUUUUACUUGAUUGCACUCUCAAAAUUUAAUCUAAUCUAACCUCCACAAAGUGAUACCUAUCCCUAUGCAGGCUGACUGACCCCUUUAUAUCUACUAUAUAAGAUUCUUUUGAACAGAAAUUUAUGUCUUAUUUUACUGUACAAAAUAUAUCCCUCUAUAACUACUGUGUCUUUGUUAUACUGAAGAUAUGGUAAACAUGCAGUUUGCAACCUUCAAAAAUGAGCAAAACAAAUGUAAAUAUGUAGUUAAUGCUGCUCAUAUGUACUGUGUAUUCAGGGACAUGAGACAUGAGAGAAAUUACCACAAACUUAUUAAAUGUUCAUUCCUUGACUUUUAUAAAUUUUGUAAAUGAAUUAUUUUGGAAAUAUUUUCUUUUGCUGGAAAUGAAGGUGAAGGAUAGUUUGAUAGAAAAUUUAAUCAAGGCUCCACUAUUUGCUCCAGUUGAUGUUGAAAAGUUUGACCAUUUCAAUCCUAGUGUGCCUUUCUGGUUUGCACAAGGUCCAAUUUUUAAUUAGCUGAUGUAUAUUGUGCAUUAGUGAGUUGCAUGUUGCAUUUUCUACUUGCAAAUAUUUUUAAAAGUCUGUCCUGUUAUAGUUGACUAGGCCACAAACAUCAAUUUAAGAGGAGUAGGUAUUGCACUUGUGCUUGAUUGGGAGAUAUUGCCCAGUACAAUUUUGUGUUUUCCAAUUGUGUUGGAAUCUGGAAAAUAGGUUCUCUCCAAAAAUUGUCCUUUAUCAGAGAGAUAUUUUAUCUACUCUAAAGUCGGUCUCCCGGGUCAUGAAGAUGAGAUUAACUUGGUGAGUGAAAGUUAACUUUUAUUGAAAUGACUUGUUUUUCCGUUAAAACUGAAGAUUGUUUUGAUUUUUGAAAAAUUUCUCCCUACCAACCUUUUGUUUUGUUUCCCCUCUGGUUUACACACCUUGUUAAUGUACUACCGUAUUCAAUUAGGUUGCGUAAAUUAUGCCUGUGAAAAGUACUUUGUUUAUGAAGUGGUUUUGAUUAAAUCAAAAUUUGCUGUUGAUCGUUUUUAAA